AUGAGGCUAAGUUUUGAAACGCGGUUUUGUACGUUACCAGCGGCACGCUGGACGUUUCCGCUUACCUAUCUGCCACUGUCGGCCGGCUGCACAUUGUCUAACAUAUGUUCAGCAUGGUUACCCUCCGAUCCUUCGGAUGCAAGAAUCUUUCUUCACUCGUGUUGUACACUACUUUUGAUGAAUAACUUAGCUUCGUUUGUGUUUCUACUGACAAGAGAUGCGGUUCGAACCACACAGCCAAACGAUCCGCCAACGAAGGGCCCAAGCUACAGCCCAAGGGCUCACCUUCACUAUCUACUCAUCGUUUGGCAGACAAACUCUUUGCUGGUGCAGGGCUACAUUUGGUAUCAAAUUUCUCAUUAUCUACAUGUAGAAGAUCUAGUGCACCUUCUGCCACUGUGCCUUUCUUUACUUUGCUUGGACACUUGCUACGCGAUCGCACUGAUUGGCAGCAUUCGAAUGAUUGCGAACAUUUUUUAUAAAGCAGUCAUUGUCGCGUUUCAUGCCAUUGCAUGGCUUACGCUCUUACUUAGCCUAAUGUGUGCAGUGCACAAGGAGUACGUCGGCUGUAGCUUCAUUACCUAACAAAUUUCCCCAACAUAAGCCAACCAACAAAAACUAUGGAUUAUUUAUCAA